AUGGCGUCCAAAUUUGCUAUUGCCUGCCUUGCACUUAUAAUUUUUAGUGCUGCUGGUGUUAGUACGGCCCAGGCACUGACUAGUACUGCAGGUCAAAAGAAUUUUGGGCAGCAGAAAGGGGAUAACGAUGUAGAUGGCAGUGGAGGUGGCCUUCCAUCUGCAGGUGGGGGCUACGGAUCGAACUCGGGACCUAUUCCAGAUGAUGGAGCCAGCAACCCUCCUAUAGACGCAGGAGGCGAUGGUUCUGGUCCAAAAGAUGGCUCAGGCUCCUACCCAAUUAUUCCCGGGAUGGGGGGUGGCCCAACAGAUCAUAUGCCAACCAUUCCAAAUUUUCCUUUUCCAACUCAUUCAAUCCCAGGGCAUGGAACUUGCGACUUCUGGAGUUCUAACUUUGGAUCAUGGCCAAACUUCUUGUCCACCAUGUCAACAAUAGGCUCUAUUUUCGGGAAACCGGCGUCUUCAAUGUACCCAAGCAGUAUGACUCUCCUCCAAGCCUUGCAAAACACUAAGACUGAUGCCUACAGUACUCUUGUCAAACAGGCCUCUGCAUCUCUGCUCAAUUCGUAUACACACAAGAAUUUCGGGUACAGUCCGGAAGAAGUCAAAUCGUUGUUUGCAGCAGCUCUCACGUCUCCACAAGCCGCAGCAGCGCAGGCCUCUCAGUUUGCACGGGCAAAUAUAUCAGCUUAA